AUGGGAAUUACACCAGAAUUAGUGGCAGAAUUGAAUGAUCAAGUCACCCACCUAACACAAGACAUUGAAGAUGCCUUUGAGGUGGACAGGAAGGGCAGCGCCAUUCUUGUCGAUGUGUCAGCUGCAUGUGAUGCUGUCUGGUACGUGGGGCCAACCAGGAAGGUGUUGCCGGCCAGUCUCUGUAAACCCGUGCGACAGUGGAUCACGGAAAUAGUAACAAACUGGUGUCUCAUCUUGGAGACAAAGUCAGCCAGCGUAGGCACUUCUGUAACAGACUCCCGCAAGGAUCUGUUCCAGCUCCUCUCCUUUUCAACGUAUAAGCUGACGACCUACAGCACCGAGCCGAACAACCUGAAGGCCAGAAACUCCUUCCUCUACAACGGGCUGAUCCAUCGCAAGACGGUGGGCGUGGAGCCCGCGGCGGACGGGAAGAGGAUCAUGGUGGUGCUGAAGAAACGGGCAGGCCAGCGCAGCCCAGCCACAUCCUAUGAGAAGACGACCGUUAACAAGAACGCCCGGGCUACGCUCAGCAGCCUGCGCCACGUCAUCCGCAAGAACAACUACCGCAGGGAUCUGCGCAAGGCCGCUCUGCGCCACGCCAUCCUGCGGAGCCAGAAGCCAGUGGUGGUGAAGAAGAAGAGAACCCGGGCUACCAAGACGGCGUGAAUGGCUAGCAUGUCCCAAUAAAGGGUUCAAACCAGAAAAACAAAACAAAAAAACCAGCUCAGUACAUGUAUGCAGAUGUGGG